UCUUCAGGGUCGUGUAGUUCUCCUCCACUGUAACAUUCUUUUGUAAAAAAUGGCUAACAAGAAUGGAGUUCAGUGGAGUAUCAGGGUGGGCGAUGGAUCAUUAGUGGUUCUUGAGCCAGAGCACAAGAACCGAGUAAUGAGAUUAUGGGACGGAUUGAAGGGUUUGGUGGUGAAGUUUGCGAUGAAAGUGUGGAGAUUCUUGAAGCAGGCAUGGGAUUUAGGGGUGGAUGACCCUAGAAAAGUCUUCCAUUGUCUUAAAGUUGGAGUAGCUUUGAUGGUUGUGUCCUUAUUUUACUAUAUGAGACCUUUGUAUGAUGGUGUUGGCGGCAGUGCCAUCUGGGCCGUUAUGACUGUUGUUGUCGUCUUUGAAUAUACUGUCGGUGGAACUCUUUACAAGUGUUUGAACAGAAUCUGUGCAACUUUUCUUGCUGGAUUUCUUGCACUUGGGAUUCAUUGGGUUGCUAUUCAUUCUGGACACCGAUUUGAGCCAUAUAUCAUGGGGAUUUCUCUUUUCAUAUUAGCUUCUGCUACGACUUUUUCAAGAUUUAUCCCUGUGGUGAAAGCUAGAUUCGACUAUGGUUGCACCAUCUUCAUCCUCACUUACAGUCUGGUAUCAGUCUCGGGGUAUCGAGUUGAGCAUCUAUUGAGUGUGGCCCACGAAAGGCUAUCGACAAUAAUCAUAGGGACUUGUUUGUGCAUUAUUACCAGCAUGCUUGUUUUUCCUGUUUGGGCUGGCAUGGAACUUCACGUUCUGAUCCCUCGUAACAUGGAUAAGCUCUCAAAAUCCUUAGAAUGUUGUGUAGCUGACUAUUUUGGUGAUGGCGAUGAUGAAUCUAAGAAAACAUUAAACGGUUACAAAUGUGUGCUGAAUUCAAAAGCUUCCGAGGAAGCCAUGGCAAAUUUUGCUAGAUGGGAGCCUGCACAUGGCCGGUUCAAUUUCCGGCAUCCAUGGAAGAAUUACCUCAAAGUAGGUGCAUCAUCGCGCAGUUGUGCGUAUUGCAUUGAAACACUCACUAGUUGCUUGGAUUCCAAGAAUCAGGUCCCGGAAUCAAUAAAGGAUCAUCUCAGUUCUGCAUGCAUGAAUCUAAGCUCAAGUUCGUCGAGUGUAAUGAAAGAGCUGGCAAAAAUUGUAAGUACGAUGACAAGAUCGGCAACGAUAGAUAUGGCGGUUCAAGAAAUGAAGAACGCAGUCCAAGAGCUGCAAAACGACUUACAAUCCCUUCCGGAUUUGCUGAUCCAACCACUUGACAGUCAAGAAGAGUCCACAACUCCAAAUUCACCCGACAAAACCGAACUGGUUCAAAGUGAAAUUACGGUAAUGCCCCUAAUGGAAGUGAUCCCACUCGUGAGUUUCGCGUCUUUACUGAUGGAAACCGCUUCAAGGAUAGAAGAAAGCAUCGUGAAAGCAGUGGAGGAGUUGGCUGAUUCGGCUCAGUUUAAGCAGGCAGAAGAUGAAAUAAAGCUGAAGCAAAAUCCAACCACCAGCAAGAUUGCAUCUGAGGAAGUAUAAAUAAAGCGUUGACCGUCUUAUUUUUGGCAGAAGUCAACGAUAAACAGCCUCUCUGGUCUCUGCUUGCAUGGUUCAACAAUGGUGAUAUGAUAUCUUGAUGCAUUCAGAAGGCAAAAACUGACCUGGGUUAUUCUCUAGCAUUUUUACUUCUACUUUUUUGCUUUUUAUGGCAACGUACUAAAGACAAGAAGACAAUUUAUUAUAUACCCAAGUGACGUC